GUUGGCUUGCCAUAUCAAUCCACUGGCAGGACACGAGCUGAUGUAAGCUGUAUAUCGGUGGUUGUUAGGAAACGAAUUAUGAAAGCAAUACAUUUCAGAGUCAAGGACCUUCAGCAAUGCUUGUCGGUGUUUAAAGCUACUCCGCGUUUGUUGGAUAGACAGUUUCACACGCAGAUGCUCCCAAAAAACAAAGAUGUAUCUGCAGUUUCUCCAUCCAAAAGAGCAAGGACAGAAACAAAGCCUGAAGAAGAAAAAAGCGUGCUUAGGUUUUCUAAGCUUUCGGAGCAUGCCACAACACCUACACGAGGUUCUGCAAAAGCAGCAGGGUUUGACCUCUACAGUGCUUAUGAUUACUCUAUCGGUCCUCUGGAUAAGGCAAUCGUAAAGACAGACAUUCAGAUUGCUAUUCCUCAUGGCUGUUACGGCAGAGUUGCUCCAAGAUCUGGACUGGCAGCUAAACACUUUAUUGAUGUCGGCGCUGGUGUUGUAGAUGAAGACUACCGGGGGAAUUUAGGUGUUGUGCUCUUCAACUUUGGCAAGGAAACAUUUGAAGUGAAAAAGGGUGACAGAGUUGCUCAGCUGGUGUGUGAGAAGAUCUGCUACCCAGAUCUGGUGGAGGAAGAGACACUUGAUGAAACUGACCGUGGUGCUGGAGGCUUUGGAUCUACUGGGCGCAACUAAAAGCUCCAAAUGUUACUGGAUUAGGAGUAAAUUGUUCAUAUUAAGGUUAUAAAAAUAAGGUGCUAAUAAACUUCUUUUGAUAGAAA